AUGGCCCGGGUAGGCGGCGGCGAUGUCGAGAUCGGGGGGCUUCCUGCGCCGGCGGGCGACCCUCGGCGGAGGGUCGUCGCCGCCGACGACUCCCUCGACGACGACGGCAAGCCCAGGCGGACAGGGACGGUGUGGACGGCGAGCGCGCACGUGAUCACGGCGGUGAUCGGCUCCGGCGUGCUGUCGCUGCCCUGGUCCGUGGCGCAGCUGGGCUGGGUCGCCGGCCCGGUCACGCUCCUGCUCUUCGCCAUCAUCACCUACUACACCUCCGUGCUCCUCGGCGACUGCUACCGCAGCGAGGACGCCGUCACCGGCAAGAGGAACUACACCUACAUGGAGGCCGUCGGGUCCCUCCUAGGUAAAGGGCAGGUGUGGUUUUGCGGCCUCUGUCAGUACGUCAAUCUGGUUGGGACUGCGAUCGGGUACACCAUUACAGCAUCCAUCAGUGCCGCGGCUUUGUACAAGGCCAACUGCUUCCACAGCAAAGGCCACUCGGCCGACUGCGGGGUGUACACCACCAUGUACAUGGUCGUGUUCGGGAUCUCCCAGAUCGUCUUCUCCCAGCUCCCCAACCUCCACGAGAUGGCCUGGCUGUCCAUCCUCGCCGCCGUCAUGUCCUUCUCCUACGCCACCAUCGGCGUCGGCCUCUCCUUGGCACAGACCAUAACAGGUCCUACGGGCAAGACAACCAUCGGUGGCACUCAAAUUGGGGUCGACGUCACUUCGGCCCAGAAGAUAUGGCUGACAUUGCAAGCGCUCGGCAACAUCGCAUUCGCCUACUCAUACUCCAUGGUUCUUAUAGAAAUCCAGGACACGGUGAAGGCGCCACCGGCGGAGAACAAGACGAUGAGGAAGGCGAACCUGAUGGGGGUCUCCACCACCACGGCCUUCUACAUGCUCUGCGGCUGCCUCGGCUACUCGGCCUUCGGCAACGACGCGCCGGGGAACAUGCUCACCGGCUUCGGCUUCUACGAGCCCUACUGGCUCAUCGACUUCGCCAACGUCUGCAUCGUGGUGCACCUCGUCGGCGCCUACCAGGUCUACUGCCAGCCCAUCUACGCCGCCGUGGAGAGCUGGGCGGCGGGGCGGUGGCCCGACUCGGAGUUCGUCGUCCGGCAGUACCACCCCUUCUCGGGCAAGUUCAGCCUCAACAUGUUCCGGCUGGUGUGGAGGACGGCGUUCGUGAUCGUGAGCACGGUGCUCGCCAUCUCGCUGCCAUUCUUCAACGACAUCCUCGGCCUGCUCGGCGCGCUCGGCUUCUGGCCGCUCACCGUCUACUUCCCCGUGGAGAUGUACAUCUCGCAGAGCAAGAUGAAGAAGUACUCCGGGAAGUGGGUGGCUCUGCAGACCCUCAGCUUCGCGUGCUUCGCGGUAACCGUGGCCGUCACCGUCGCGUCCAUCCAGGGGAUCACCCAGUCGCUCAAGAACUAUGUGCCGUUCAAGACCAAGUUGUGA